UCCUUGCCUUUCGCUUCAUUCCAAGCAUAUUUAACACACACUUUCUCCAAAGCAAUAAAAAGAAAAAAGGUGGGGUUUUAGCAGAAGGAGAGAUCAGAAAAAUGGAGGAACAAGAAUUUAGACGCCUUCUUGAGCUCUUCCCAUCCGUUCGCUCUCCCGAUUAUAACCUUGAAUUAGAUGAGUCAAGUCAAUCAACUUCUCAGUCCAAGCAGAAAGAGGAGGUGAAGCAAUUGCAAGAUGCUCAAAGUACGGGAGGUAUAGAGUCCAAUACUCGAGCAAUGGAUCAUGGCGAAGCAUUUUGGGGCAAACUAAAAGCAGCUGCAGAGAAAAAGAUGAAUCCCGCAGAAGCAGAAGGAUUUUGCAAGGCAUUUCGACAAGUUUACCGGAAACUUGUGGAUGAAGAACUGAGUUUGGAAGCUGCUCGGAGCUUGCUGAACUCGUGAGGGUUUUUUUUAUCAAAACUGUUGUUACUUUUAGUCACUUGAUGUUCUGGACAGUGUAACUUACAUUUUUUUUUACGUUUGAUGUAUUAUUACAUGGAGUUAUGUCUUUUGUUUAUCUUAGUGGAAUGAUGCUACUCUGUAAAAAACUUAUUAGCUUUGUUUUGUCUAAUCUAAAGAAGGGUGAAUCAACA